AUGGUAAAGGGAAAUUUAAAAGAGGGAAGGAAAGAGAAAAAGAAAGCAAAAAAAUACGAAGGGCAUCGUGAUCAGAAAAGUGUUGCGAUGGCUCGCAAAUUUAGUCAGAGUGAAACUUUGCCGAAAGGGCAGAAACGUGCACGAGAUUCUGACGGAGAGAACUGCCAAAGAGAUAUCUCAAGUAAAGAGGGAAAGAAAAUAAAGAAGGAGACAGUUGUUGAGAGGACAGAAGAGUGCAAUAGCAUAACUGAUAAUUGCCAAUCUAAAGGCGAACAAAAAGAGAGAGUAUCUAAAGGUGAGCUAAAACCCCGUAAAAGAACACAAGAACCCACAAGCUCUGAAAAAAGUAAACAGCGAAAUUUUGGCGAAGAGCAGCUCGUUAGUUUCGGAAAAGAAGACAAGUUUAGGGAAAACAGCGAUCAAGAAAGUCUCGACAAAGAGAAACGAAAGAAAAAUUCACGUGGUAAUGACAAUUAUUCGGCUCAAAAUGAAGAGGAACACGAGAAUAGGGAAAAUUCCAAAGGCAAACAUGAUAAAAAAUUGAAAAAAUCAACUAUCGUUGUUGGGAAGAAAAGGACAAAAAAGAAGCCUGAUGAUAAUGCCUUUUUUGAAGAACAAUAUUCAGGUAACCCGGAAAACAUUCAUGAUAUAAACAUUGAUGAUUGUGAGAUAGAAAGCAAAAAGAAAAAGAAAAAGAGGAAAACAGGAAAUGAGUUACAUUACAUAUUUGAUGCACAAAGUAAUGAAGGACUUCAUGAGGAAAUGUUAGAGACUUGUGAGGAUGCAGUCAAGGAAGAGAUGAAUAAUGAAGGGAAAAAGAAGAAAAAGAAAUCUAAACUAGAGCCGCAAAAGGAAUCAAAAUCUACCCUUCAUCCAGCUAUUGACUACUUGCACACAUGGUUUAACAAUAGGCAACACUGGAACUUUAAGAAAGUUCGUCAAGUGUGGCUUCUGAAGAAUAUGUUUGAUCAAGAGCAGGUCAGUAAAAUUAAUUGAUUAGAUAUUGUUAAACUUGAAAGCACUUUCAAAAGCUUUGAACAGAAAGCACCUAAAAGUUUAAUACUUAAGUGAAGAGGGGUUGAUUUUUAGAGCAGGUAAAAAGCAAAGUUCUCUUACUUGGUAAUAACAAGGAAAUACGAAAAAAAUUUUUUUCCAAUUUGUCUAAGAUCUGCGUGAAUUUCCCUUUUUAGUAGAGAAACAGCUUUGCAAAGGAUAGAUGUUAUUAUAAAUGGUUGAAGCUUCUAAACAAUGGGCUGGUAUAUGGAAAACUAGUAUUAUUAGUAUCUUGCAAUAAUCUCAGUAAAACAAGGGUAAGUUGCUAAAAGUGUUUUACACAGUCUUAGAUUUGGAAGUAGGAGUCUCUGCCUCUCAUGAGUCCUGAUUUUAUUAUUUACCAUCCCUCAUUGUGUAACCCUCUUCAAAAACAUUAAAAAAUUAUUUUAAACAAACAAUUUCAGAUAUGAAAUGAAGUACAAACAAUUUAAACUAAACUAAUCCAACCUUUCUUUAGAUCUCUGAUGAAAACUUUGGCAUUCUGCUGAAAUAUCUCGAGGGACUGGAAGGAGCAGCAAAAGAGAAGACUACAAAGAUAGCAGAGCAAAGGCUCGACUCUGGAGAAGGUUUGUAUAUGAAGACAUUUAUGAUCAGUGAUAUAGUUGGAGAUGGACAUUUAUUGUAUCUGUGAUGUUAAAGGAAGUGACUAAAACCCCUCAGCAUAUUAAGUGUUUGCUGGCAUCUCCCCUCCUCAUUAGGGUGGAUGCUUGUCAUCAUUGUAAUGUAAAAUCUACUAGCUUCCUACCACGAAUGCAGUAACCUGAUUGGCCGCAUUACUGGCUGCAUAUUGCCUGAUAGGCAGUGAACAAAAUUAUUUCGCUAACAUUGUAUAGUUAGCAAAAAAAGAAAAGAAAAUAUGAGCUUGUUGCUAAAAUUUGAAUUAACUAACAGAUUUACUCUGAAACAAUUAUUCUAUUCACUCUUAAUAUCCAUGUAUAAUAGUUGAUUCAGGCCUAACUGUCAUCAGCUAUUUCACGAGAGAAAUCUCUGUUCAGGAAAUGGUCAUUAUUUAUUGUCUAGAGGGGUCAGAGGAUUUUAGUUAGCUCACAAUAAAAUUUGACUGACCCCUCCAUAAGGCUUUGUAGUAUUCUUCUGAUCCCCUCCUCAUUGGCAGUAAAUUGGUGAUCCAUUUUCUAUAGUCCUUCUUUUAUUCUUUGUUGGCAAUGACUAAUCCCCCCUCUGUUUGCACUGAAAACCAUGUGAUCCCCUCUCAAAAUCCUCAAAUCACCCCUUCCCCCUCCCCAUGGACAAUCUAAUCUUAUCAAACCUAACCAAAAGCAGAGAGUUUAAUCCUAUUCUUCAUUGUGUUAGCUUUUCCUUUGGCUCUGGUUCACUACUUUGUGCUAUUUUUCUCUUACAAUGUUAGGGGGAAGUGAACAGGAUACUGUGGUUGAAUCCAGAGUUCGACAAGUGCUUCAAAUGCUGACAGAGUAAAGAAGGGUUUGGGGAGAAGAGGAUAUUUAUUACUUGUGAUGAUUUGUGUUCAACAUUCUUGAUUAAAAUGAUAAAAAAAAAUUAAAUGAAAGAAAAUAAUUUUUCUUAAUAAUGGCUUUUUUAAAGGAGAUCUGCAAGUAACUGAUUUCCC